AUGGCUGUAUGUUUGCUUCAACUUCAUUUAUAUCUGAAAGCAAUUCCAGAUGUUGUUUCUCCGGCGAAGCUUGAAGACAUGGUCAGAGAUCAUGAAUUUUAUGAUGAUAUUCUGAAUCUGAGAUCUAAACAAGACAAUUAUGACAUAACAGAUAGUACGUACCGACAUCUUCAAGAUCGCAUAAUGGACUACGAGAAAAAAAUUAAAACCGACAUAUUGACCAAAUCUAAAAUCGUCAUUUCGACAGUGAACAACUCAAUUGUGCAAAUGAGUGAAGCUGCUGAGUUUGUGGCACAUGUCAUACUUGUAGAUGAAGCUGCACAAGUUCCUGAAGCGCAGUUCUGGAACAUCGUACGUGGCAAUCAACGCGUGGUUCUUGUCGGGGACCCUCAACAAUUGCCGGCUUUCGUCAGAACUGAAUCGGCAAAGAAACAAGGAAUGGCGGAAUCGUUAAUGGAGAGGCUCUUAUUGAAAAGAUCUCAAUUUGCUUUCAUAAUGUUGAGAAGACAAUACAGGAUGAAUGAAAGAAUAAUGCGAUGGAGCUCCGAUAAUUUUUAUUUCGGCAAUCUUGUUGCAGACGACUCAGUAAAGAAUUUAGCCAUCAAACAGCGUCAUAGAGAAAUUCGAGCUUUUCCAUUUCUCUUUUGUAACACAGAUAGCGAAAAUGAUCCUGAAAUUAAGAAAAUGAUGGUUGAGAAGUCUGAAAAUGACUCGUUCAUUAAUGAAGGAGAAGCUGAUCUUGUCAUCGAUCACCUGAAAUUUCUCUUAAACGAGGGAAUCGACCCUUUUGAAAUUGGUGUAAUUACUCCUUAUUUCGCGCAGGAACAAUUGAAGAAAUUCAGAUAUUAUGAAUUUAUUGCUGUCGAUACCGUCGAUGGAUUCCAAGGCCAGGAACGUCAGAUUAUUAUUUUUUCGGUGGUUCGCAUGAAUAACAAAGGAAACCUGGGAUUCCUAAAUGAUGUGAGACGAUUGAAUGUUGCAAUAACUCGUGCUGCUUGUCAAUUUGUUCUCAUCGGAUCGGCUUGGAUGUUGAGCAAAGCGAAACCCAAAGCUAUUCAAAACCUUAACAGAUCAUUUGGCAAAAACGAAAAUAUCGGAGGCAUUCGUAUCACUCCGGAUGACCUACGUGGUCAAAAGGAACCCGAGUUUCGUCAUUAUCGUAAUUCGUCAAGACUUUAA